UAUAAUUUGAUAAAAAUUAAUUUGGAAAAAAUUUAGUUUUUAUAAAAAUUUGUUCUAGAUUUAUGUUGUAAUUUGUAUCCCGAACGGGCUUGAAAUACCAAAAUGAAAUACGAUACAAUUCUAAAGCCUGAAAAAUAUGGAGCGGGAAUCAAGGGCAUUUUCCGACAAGCUCUGCAUGAAAUGCCAUUGAUUACAAUAUGUUCUCCAUUCUGCAUUGUAGGCGUAGGGCUAAUUAUGUACCAUACUUAUAGAUACCAAGAAAAUGAUGGAAACAAUAAAAAAUAUAAAUUGAAAUAUACCCUUUACCGACCAGAUGACCCUAGAGUUCCACACAUCAAGAAUUGAAAAUUUAUAAUUGAAUUCUUAAGAUUGUAUGUUGUUGAAUUAAUAGUUGUUAGAAAUAAUAACAAAUAAAAUAAAAAACAAAUCCUUCUAAUAUUUAUGAAAAAAAAAACUAUGUAUAAUUAUAAAUACAAGACAUAUUAAUUA